AUGUACUAUUACUUUCAACUUUCCUGUGUCCUUGGUUUUCUGGUUACUUGUGCAUGGAAAACGUUGGAUUUCAUCUGGUUUCAGCCAAGAAAACUCGAGAAGCAACUCCGAUCACAAGGCCUUCCCGGAAAUUCCUACAGACCGAUCAUCGGUGACUUGAGGGAAUAUACCAAGAUGAUUAAAGAAGCUGAAUCAAACAUGUCGGGGAUUGGUCGUUCUUCCGACAACGGCGACGAUAUUCAUCCAGGAAUUGUUAGUCGUUUCAUAUUUGAAACAGCCAAGAAAUAUGGUACGGAUUGUUUCAUUUGGUUUGGAUCAAGGCCGGUAAUUAUCAUCAAGGACCCUAAACUAAUGAAGGAGAUCUUUCUUAAGCCUAAUCACUUCCAUAAGGCUAAUUUCAUUGAUCCACUCAAAUCACUGUUGGUUGGCCUAAUUGCAGUUGAGGGAGAGAAGUGGAUCAAACACAGAAGGUUGAUCAAACCUUCUUUCCAACUGGAGAAAAUUAAGCUUAUGUUGCCAGCUUUUCGAUUGAGCACUGAAGAAAUGUUGGCCACGUGGGAAGAAAGUCUUUCACCUCAAGGAUCUUGCGAUUUAGAUGUUUGGCCUUCUCUCCUAACUUUAACCAGUGAUGCCAUUUCUCGAACAGCAUUCGGUACAAAUUACGAGGAAGGAAGAAACGUAUUUGAACUUCAAAGAGAACAAGCAAGCUAUGUUAUAACAACUAUUCGAUCACUGAGUUUUCCAGGGUUGAGGUUUCUACCCACCAAGAAAAAUAGAAGAAUCAACGAGAUAGAAAAGGUGGUCAGAAUAAAAAUUAGGGAUAUUAUUGACAAGAGAUUAAAAGCAAGAAAAUUAGGAGAGGACUACGUUGACAAGGAUGAUUUACUGGGCAUAUUGUUAGAGUCUAAUGCUAAAGAGAUUAAACAAAAGAAUGGUUUGACCAUUGAAGAUGUUAUUGAAGAAUGUAAACAUUUUUAUUUAGCUGGGCAAGAAACAACUUCCAUAUUGCUCGUUUGGACUUUAAUUUUACUUAGCAGGCAUCAAGAUUGGCAGUCACGUGCAAGAGAUGAGGUUUUUCAAGUUUUUGGGAGGAAACAAAUAGAUUUCGAUGGCCUUAAUCAGCUCAAAGUGGUGACAAUGAUCUUCGCUGAGGUCUUAAGACUGUAUCCAUCAGUACCGGUGCUUAUGAGAGAAACUCGCGAAGAAAGAAAACUAGGAGAGUUUAAGAUUCCAGCCGGGGUACUUCUGUCUUUACAAGUGUGGAUGUUACAUCGUGACUUUGAGGUAUGGGGAGAUGAUGCCGAGGAAUUCAAACCAGAAAGAUUUAGGGAUGGGAUAUCAAGCACAUUAACGACAAAAGAUAUGAGCCAAUUGGUUGCAUUCGUUCCAUUUGGGUGGGGGCCUCGAAUCUGCAUUGGACAAAACUUUGCAAUGAUUGAAGCGAAGUUGACCUUGGCAAUGAUUUUGCAACGUUUCACCUUCCAUCUUUCCCCAUCUUACGAGCAUGAGCCUCAAACACUAAUCACACAACAACCUCAACACGGUGCCAAUCUAAUCUUGCACAAAUUGUGACGUACAGUUUAAUUCGAG